CCGGCGGAGUAAUACAAAACAUCAGAUGAAAAACCAUUCACGGCCUGCAUCCUGGUCCAGCUACGUGGUGCACCGGGUGAGGAGGAACAGAUAACACUGUGAUUGACAGCACCAAGGACAGACCAUUGUGUAGCAUUAUGUCGAGUUGCUGUAGUACACAGGAUGGCUGCAGUGCAAAUGGACAAGGUGCAGACAAGAUCCAUGAUGAGGUAAAGGAGUACUAUGGGAAGAAGGUGAAGACCCAGAAAGACCUGGAGACCAAGGCUUGCCUCAUGAUGCCGUCCAAAAUACCAGCACACGUCAGACAGGCACUGUCAGCAGUCCACCCCGAGGUAGCUGCCAGGUACUAUGGUUGUGGGCUGGUGGUGCCGGAGUGCCUAGAGGGUGCCUGUGUGUUGGACUUGGGAAGUGGAACCGGCCAUGACUGCUUCGCUCUCGCAAAACUGGUCGGGGAGAAGGGCCACGUCACCGGCAUAGACAUGACAGAUGAACAGCUGGAUGUAGCCAGACAGUAUGUGGACUACCACAGGGACAAGUUUGGCUACUCCACAGCAAACACAGAGUUUGUGAAGGGUUACAUUGAGAGGCUGGGGGAGGCUGGGCUGCAGGAUGACACCUUCGACAUCAUUGUGUCCAACUGUGUGGUCAACCUGUCCCCGGACAAGGCAGCUGUCCUCAGGGAGGGGUACAGGGUACUCAAGCCUGGAGGGGAGCUGUACUUCAGUGACAUCUACGCUGACAGAGACGUGCCUGAACACAUCCGGAAGGACAAGGUCAUGUGGGGAGAGUGCCUUGCUGGUGCCCUGUGGUGGGAGGACCUAAUCAGACUGGCUAAGGAGGUUGGCUUCUGCACGCCCAGACUGGUCAGUGCAGGACUGGUCAACUUGGACGACAACAAGCCCAUGAAGGACCUUGUAGGGGACAUCAAGUUUGUAUCAGUGACAUACCGGCUGUUCAAGCUUCCACUGAACACUGUUAAGGAGGCAGCACAGGUGAUCUACAAUGGCUCUGUCACUGGGCAUGAGACAAGCCUGAAGUUUGAUGCACAUUGCACCUUCCAGGAAGGGCAAGUUGUAGAGGUUGACCCUGAGUUGUCUGCCAUCCUCCAAGAGUCCAGAUUUGCUGAUGACUUUACUGUCAGACCUGCCAGUAAGAAAACCAAAGCAGACCCAGAACUGUGCUGUUCAGGAGCCAAGGGAGUUCCAACAAAUCCUUUUGAAGGACCACUAGAGAAGGAGUCAUCCUGCUGUGGACCAAAAGGCUGCUGCUGAGCUCAGAUUUCAUGGCAGAAAGUUAUGUUGUAAUAGCGAAAUACUGUUGUAAAACUAAAGACUGGGGUUUGUAAAAGUCAGACUUCUGUCAGAGAAGACAAGUUUGUUGUGUUAUACAGUACAGGUACUCUUUAUUUCUGCUCUUCUUGCUGAUAGGAAAAAUAAGUACAUGUACUAGUAUAUGGCAUUUGACACAACAUAUGACAGGAAGCAAAAUAUUUCUCAGAGAGCUGUGGAGUUCAAGGUGAAGGCCUAUCACAUGUACAACAAUAGUUAUGAUAUUAUAUGAUAUGAUACAGCUGGUGUGUUAUGCUGAGGGGCAGUUGUACUUUACAGAUAAAGAUUAUAGCAGGACACUAAGUGAGCCUUGUGUUUCAAUGAGGCAAGUUUAUAGACUGUGUGCAUCCUUUGUAGAUAUGUUGAAGCAUGUUUCUCGGGAAUUAAGGUGUAUAUUAGAUUAUUACAUGCAAAUGGAAUUAAAUGUAUACUUUAAA